GUCCCGACACUUCGCAAGCACACCACACACCUCGGCGCCGCACCAUGUCGUCGUUCCACGGUAAUAGCGGUCAGGACUGGUCCACGGUGAACGUGGGCCGGUCGGCGAAGCCCUUCAAGAAGCCGACGGACGCGGACAAGAAGCAGGACCUCACGAAGGCGCUGCGCACGGGCGGCGUGGCCACGAGCGCGCGCAUGGGCGGCGCGACGAACAAGACGGUCGCGGGCCACGGCAUCAUGGGCACGACGGCCGGCGCGGGCGCGCGGAAGAUCGAGGAGGAGACGGAGACCUUCAAGGUCCAGAAGACGGGCCUCGCCUUCGGCAAGGCGCUCAUGCAGGCGCGGACCGCAAAGAAGAUGUCGCAGAAGGACCUCGGCACGAAGAUCAACGAGAAGCCCCAGGUCAUCCAGCAGUACGAGGGCGGCAAGGCCGUGCCCAACCCCCAGGUCAUCUCCAAGAUCGAGCGCGCCCUCGGCGUCAAGCUCCCCCGGCCGCCCAAGGUCCAGAAGGUCAAGGACUAGGCGCGGGCGCCGCGCCGCGCGCUAAGCUCGAUCGACGUU